AUGUGGGACGCGUUACAUCCAACGUACCGAAGGGCAUACUUGAAAAAAGUUCGAAGACAGAGAGUAGGGAAGAAUCUUUCACAGUCUACAACAACAACAGCAACAACUGAGGCGAACGCUAAGAAGCCUCAAGAUACUGUGGAAAGGGCAAUAUUGUGUAAUGGAUAUCGAGGAAAAGUUAGAAAUGUACAAACUAAAAUCGAUUUUCAGCCAGUUCUUGAAGAAGCCAAAAAAAGAGCUGAAGAAAUCGGCAAAGUUCUUGGUGUAGAACCAGUGUGCGAAAAAUCAUUUGUGGACACUAUGAAAAAUCAAAUGAGAUUUUGUAGUGUGGAUCGACUUAUGGUUGAAAAGAAAGAUUCUGGAGAAACACCAACAUUUGAUGCUUAUGCGCUUGCCGCCAGAAUCACGAAGCGUAGUGUUAUACCGAAUCCAAUUCGCCGUAAUCAUCCGCCUCUCAAUCAGAAAAUCCCAAUGAAACUGGAAAACAGUGUAGUAGAAGGAGACGAAGAAAACUUGAAGUUGUCUAAUCGUAAAACUGGUUCUUCUGCUCCAACGGAACUAGAAAAACAUGAAAAUGUUGUUAAUAAUACUAAGAGGGUGGAACCUUUAAGAAGUGGCAAACAAAUAAAAUCAUUAAUGUUUAAUCGGAGUCUUCCUUACCCCAUCGUCGAUAAAGCCCGUUUUUUGUCAUACGACCAGGCUUGUCACCAAUAUUAUUUAGGAUUAUGUCAGCCGCUUAUUAAACAGUCAAAUGAGACCCCGUUGACAUGUUACAAUCAAGAAACACUGGCCCAAAUAGUUGAAGGCUGGAACCACGUUCGUGAAUAUAACGGCGUUUUGUAA